CCUCAUCUCUCCGCUCCGCCCCACCUCUCCCUUCUCUCUCAGAGUAGAGCACAGCGCUGCACCGCACCUCAACCCCCCAACCUCCCCCUCCCCGCCCCCACCACCCCUACCCGGGGACCAUUCUUGGAGCUCGGAGCCCGAGGCGGCCUGCGAGGGGGGCCUUCUUAUAAGAGGCGGGGGGAGGCGAAGGUGCGAGAGGGACGGGAGGACGGGGGACGGUCAGUCAGUCGGACACGGACAAACGCCAGCGGCAGCAGUAUAUAUAGAAACGCUCGCACAGACGCGCAGUUGUGGCUAAGCUGUUGAAGCUUUAAAAGGCCGCAGGAGCUCCAUUCUUUGCGCUCUCUUGCCACGCCUCAGUGGUGGAUAAGUGAAGCCGAGGAAGAAGAAAGUCCGAGAGACGAGAGGGCCGUUGGGUGGUGCUCUCGUGCUCGAUCGAUUGAUUGAUCGGGGGUCGAUCGAAUUGCGGAGUUUGGAGUGACAGCGCCGGGCGGUUUGCCCUUUUUUUUUCUCUGGGACGGUCGCUCGCUCGCGUGCGUGCCCUAGGCUGUGGCGCUGGCUAGUUUCGCGCUCUCUCUGAGGCUUGGGGAUUGAACUGGAUUGCUGUGAAAGGAUCUUGAUGUAAAAGGAUUGGCGGAUUUGUUCCCUGCUUCCUCCUGGUCGAGGAGAAAUUAUCUGGUGGUUCGAUCAGAAGGUCGAAAGAGCAGGGAGGGAAGGGAAGUGGAGGGGAGGGGUUUUACUCUGCUGGUUUUGUGCACGCCAGGGCCGGAGAUUCCUACUUCUCGACUUGAAGCGGGUAUAGUCGAGACAAGUCUCCUCCACGGACUCCGUGGAUUGCGUGCGUGGUCGAGAUUGCGGCCUUUUUGCAGCGGAGGCCCCAGUUGUCGUCACUUGAUUGUCAAUUGCUCACGGCGUGGCCUUAGCCGGAGUGUUCUACUCUUUGCGCGGGAGUCAAGAUAACGAAUCCGUCGACAUCCAUGGCAGAGAUAAGUCUGGAAGGCAGCCAGCCCGUGGAUCUUCUGAAGCAUCCUUCCGGCAUUAUCCCCACCCUCCAGAAUGUUGUCUCUACCGUCAACAUGGAUUGCAAGUUGGAGCUGAAAACAAUAGCUUUGCACGCUCGUAAUGCCGAGUACAAUCCAAAGCGUUUUGCCGCUGUCAUUAUGAGGAUAAGGGAGCCUAAGACGACAGCUCUUAUUUUCGCCUCAGGGAAGAUGGUUUGCACUGGUGCUAAGAGUGAGCAGCAGUCGAAGCUUGCUGCAAGAAAGUAUGCGAGAAUCAUCCAGAAGCUUGGAUUUCCUGCACAAUUUAAGGAUUUCAAGAUUCAGAAUAUUGUCGCCUCUUGCGAUGUUAAGUUUCCGAUUAGACUGGAAGGUUUGGCAUAUGCUCACGGACACUUUUCCAGCUAUGAACCCGAGUUGUUUCCUGGUUUGAUUUAUCGUAUGAAGCAGCCGAAGAUUGUUCUUCUCAUCUUUGUGUCAGGGAAGAUUGUCCUGACUGGUGCUAAGGUGAGAGACGAAAUUUACGAGGCUUUUGAGAACAUUUAUCCUGUGUUGUCCGAGUUCAGAAAGGUCCAGCACUGAUCUUCGCUCUCAGGAACUUUCCAAGCAUGUGUCUUGGAAAAGGUAAAGCAAUCUUGAGGACUUUCCAGUCCAGUAUCUGUUCGGAGUGGCAGAAGGUGAUACGCCAGGUUUCGACUUGUAUACGUCUCCAGGCUACAUCGUGGCUAAGGAAAAAUCAUUGAAGCGCUGACACCAUGCCCUAGGGGAUUCUAUUUGAUCUGACAUUGGAUCUCAUAUGCAGAAUAGCUCAUCGAUUUUCCAUGUCUGCAUGUGUCGUUGGUGCGAUGGAAGCUUCCGACUCCAAUGCAUGAAAGAAAACUACAUGGCAAAAACUACAUGGCAAAUGUAGAUGAGUUCCGCACAUCCGCAGGAUUGAACUGAAAAGGAGUGUCUUCCUGGUCUUUUACCAUUCCUCCUAGAUGUACAAAUGAAGAGAUAAUGUAGAGACGACAGAAGAGGUUAGGCAGCCAGACACGUGAGGUUGGUAGGCCAGAUGACAUCAGGUUUUCAAAUGUUUUUUAGUUUGAGCUUAGUAAGUCAUCAAUCCUGCCUUCCUCAUUAUUUUUUCUCCUGUCAAAUUUUGAUGGAUUGAUACCUUGGUGUGUUAAUAUCGGAGGAUAAGCCUUGGACCUUGGCUGCUUCUGAUAUUCCUGUACAAUCGUUACUUUUACAAGAAUGAACGGUUCUCGAAGCCGUGUGAGCACUUUCUGCAG